AAGGCCGAUAAGGUAGAGUCACGUGGACAUCACACGUCAACAGUUAGCUAUAUCUGCUAGCCACACUUUCUUUAGCGAUUUAUAAAUAUGACCAUUUAAAUUUUAGUUUGGAUAUUGAUUGGACUGAAGCCUCGUGUCACGAGAGACAAGUGCGACUAUGCCAAUAGUUUCACAUCUCUGUUGCAAGUAAAACGAUGUCUCAGACUAAGGUAAUUCCGCAUAACCUUAUUCAGUGGGACCAGGAUAACGAUUCCCUGGCUCCAUUGACAGAGUGUCAAAAGGACUGUUUAACGAAUCUAGAAACCGUUGUCACUUCAUUGUUCCCGUUGUCGGAUCUGCAGUCCGGCGUUAUAGAAAGUGAUGACAAGUUACAAGAGCAAAAUUCUCAGCAGAAUGUCCCUCCGAUAGAUAGGUAUCAAGAGCUGCUCGAGCAUUUUCUGCUUCUGGAAAAAAAAUUCGCAAGCAUGUACGACGUCAAGUACAAUCUGUACCUUGACGAGCUGAAAUCAAGACGGUCGGAGUGCCAGGACGUUUGUUCCCAGAUAGAGGAAACGUUGGACGAUUUCUCUGCACUUUACAAGCAAUACACCGAAGUCUCCGGUAAGACCACGUCACUGUACGAGGCCAGCGAGCAGCUCAUCUUUGAACAGAAGCGGCUGAACGCGACGAUCGACGGCAUUACGGAAUACGUGAAGUAUUUUAAGGAGAUCGACGUGAUUACGGAAAAGCUGGAUGCGUCUACCUUAUCAGUGAACAGCGACAUGUUCUUCUCUAUAUUAGAUAAAAUUGACACCAACAUAGAUUUCAUGCAAAACAACCCGUCGUACAGUGAAAGCGGAGUUUACCUGGUAAGAUACAAGCACUGCCAAUCAAAGGCGAUUGCGUUGAUACAGAAUUACAUUUCCAACUUGUUCUCCAAGACCACCGAGAGCAUUUUAAAUUUGAGAGACAACGAGAAUUCGUCAGAGAAUGCGGAUACUGCUCUUGCUCUGUUCUACGGCAGGUUUCAGACGAUCCUGUCGAAGACCAAGCCGGUUAUCAAACAGAUUGAGAGUAAAUCGUACAAGAGGCAGGAGUAUGACAGUCUGUUGGUUGAAUGCCAUCAGUAUUAUUGGAGUCAGCGAGGCUUGGUGCUGGGUACGAGCAUACAGAAGUCUCUCAACUCGAUAAAGGAGAAGUACAACGGCGACCAUUGUAGUCUGGUACGGCAUUCCUGUGCGUUGCUCUUGCACGCCUCGAUAGACGAGCAUAAAUUAUUCUACGAAUUUUUCUCGAAGCAAUCAAACGGAUUGACCGCAUACCUGGAGAGCUUGUGCACCUGUCUGUAUGAUACGCUGAGACCUUUCAUAAUACACAUCAUUCAUCUCGAGACGCUAGCAGAGAUUUGCUGUAUCCUGCGAAUAGAGAUGCUGGACGAGCACGUGCAGAACAACUUCGAACCAUUGGAGGGCUUUGGAAACAUAUGCCUACAAUUGUUACACGACGUUCAAGAGAGAUUGGUAUUUCGUGCACACUUAUACUUGCAGUCCGACGUGCUGAAUUAUAAUCCCUCGUCGGGUGACCUGGCGUAUCCGGAAAAACUCAAGAUGAUGGAGGACAUAGCGGAAUCGAUCAGGGAGGCGACUCGUCAGACUCGAAUGAAGAAGAUCUCGGUGUCGUCUACUGACAGUUCCGCCCUAGAACCAGUUUCUCGAAAUCACAUAGUUAUGGACUCUAUUUAUCAAAAGACACACAUGGGGAGUUCACCGGCGGAUCUGCACGCUAUGUGGUAUCCGACAGUUCGCAGGACUCUGGUGUGCCUGUCGAGGCUCUACCGCUGCGUCGACAGGUCCGUCUUCCAGUCGUUAAGCCAGGAGGCUAUUACCUUCUGCGUUCAGAGCAUCGAGAAUGCCAAACAGGAAAUUGAGAAGAGAGCAAGCACGUUGGACGCGGAACUGUUUCAGAUAAAGCAUUUGCUCAUUCUUAGAGAACAAAUCGCUCCGUUUCAAGUGGAUUUCACUAUCAAGGAAUAUAGCUUGGACUUUUCCAAGGUGAAAACCGCUGCAUUCGGUCUGCUCGAAAAAAGCUCUAGGUUCUUCACCUUGUCGAACAACGCGUUACUGCAGUUCCUUCUGGAAGGUGCGCCACAGAUGAAGGAGCAACUUAUUGAUUCAAGAAAGCAUGUGGACGCAAAAUUGAGACUUACGUGCCAGCGAUUAAUACAACACGCAACUUAUUUAUUGAUUUAUCCUAUUAUCAAGUUAUUGGAGAAAGAAAAGUUGCUCGAUGCAAGCUCGAAUCAGGAAAAUGCAUUAGGGAGCGCGCAAGAGAUAGCAACUAUAGUGGCCGAUGUAUUAAGGACAAUCAAGUUCAAAUGUCCUGAGAUACAACAAUCGAUGCAGUUAUAUUUGGCUAAUAAAGAAACUGAAUUUAUUCUGUUUAAACCAGUGAAGAAUAACAUCUGCGCCGCAUUCACGCAAUUGCAUCAAAUAUUGAAUAAGUAUUAUAACGCAGAGAACCUUCUGUUGAUUGCGUGCCCUUUGCCGGAACAGAUUUCCGUCAUGUUGAGUUCAACAACAUUAACUCAAGGAAAAUCGAAUCGAGAAUCGCAGUCGGUUCUGAAACAGUCUCAAUCAUUUACUAAACAAGAAAAUUAAACAAUGUAAUUUUUGUAACGUAAGUUGUUUAUUACAUUUUCAAAUAUUUAUUAUUAUUAUUAAUAAAAAUAUUGAUAUAAAUUUUAAUAAAAAA